CUCUUCAAAUUUAAACUCCACACAAAAAAAAUUGCGGAUUUUGUAAUGGUGCAACUGUAAAUCAUCUCCAUAGCCUCCACUACAAUAAAACAAUUUCCAAGGCCGGAAGAAAUGGCUGUUUCCGGCGAUAAUCGUAGCAGCUCCGCCGGAUUUUUCAGCUCAAGAACGCCAAUUCUACGCCUCCCUCUCUAUGUCAUCGUCGCAGCCACAGUCGCCAUUACGGUCACGAUCUUCCUCCUCAUCUUCCUGCUCCUCCGCCUGCGCCGCCGCUCCCCGAGGAGGCGGCGCCCCGCGAAACAGGGCUCCACUUUGCUGCCGCUGGUGAAGAAGGAGGAUCCCGGGACCGGCGGCCGGAGAACAGACGAGGGGACCGGAAAGGCGAAAGGCUUGGGAGAGGAGGCGGCGGUCGAGUCGGUGGAGAUAAAAGGGAGUUCGGAGAGCAACGAGUCGAGCACGAGUCGGAGCGAGUUUUCGUCCUCCGCUCUGUCCUGUUCGACCGACGGCUCGAACAUCGGGUGGGGCCGGUGGUACAGCUUGAGAGAGCUGGAGAUGGCCACCAAUGUCUUCUCGGCCGACAAUGUCAUCGGAGAAGGAGGCUACGGUGUUGUCUACAAAGGUUUAUUGCCGGACGGGGUUGUAGUCGCCGUGAAGAAUCUUCUCAACAACAAGGGUCAGGCAGAGAAAGAGUUCAAGGUGGAAGUUGAGGCCAUUGGCAAAGUAAGACAUAAAAACCUGGUUGGUCUGCUUGGUUAUUGUGCAGAAGGAACUCAAAGGUUACUUGUGUACGAGUAUGUUGAUAACGGCAAUUUGGAGCAGUGGUUACAUGGUGAUGUGGGGCCGGUUAGCCCUCUAACUUGGGACAUUCGGAUGAAAAUUGCAGUUGGGAUUGCUAGAGGGCUUGCCUAUUUACACGAAGGCUUGGAACCUAAAGUUGUACAUCGCGACAUAAAGUCUAGUAACAUUCUCUUGGAUAGAAAAUGGAAUGCCAAAGUAUCAGAUUUUGGACUUGCCAAGUUGCUAGGAGGAGAGAAAAGUUAUGUGACAACCCGUGUUAUGGGAACUUUCGGAUAUGUUUCCCCUGACUAUGCGAGUACCGGAAUGCUUAAUGAGGGUAGCGAUGUGUACAGCUUUGGUGUUUUGCUCAUGGAAAUCGUUACAGGAAGAAGUCCUGUUGAUUAUUCUAAACCCCCUGGAAAGAUGAACUUGAUUGACUGGUUUAAAGGAAUGGUAGCAAAUCGGCAAGGGGAGGAAUUGGUCGACCCCCUGAUUGAAGUCCGCCCGCCCCCAAGAGCCCUCAAACGAGUAUUGCUGGUUUGCCUUCGAUGUAUAGAUAUGGAUGCCAACAAGCGACCAAAGAUGGGACAAAUAGUCAACAUGCUUGAGGCCGACGAAUUCCCUUUCCGUGCUGAGCAUCGCCCCACUAGAGAAACUGCUACCCAGAGUGCAGUGGCUUGCUGAUUAAUUGAUCAUAAACAACAAUUUGCGAAUAGAUGAUAAUUAAUAUAGUGGUGGGGGAAAAGGGCAUAUGAGUUUUGUAGUGAGUUUGAUUUUUAUUAUAAUGUAUAUUCUUUUCUGCAGUUCUACGUUAAUCAAAUAUAAAAUACAUUAACCUCAUGGUC